GCGUCUCCCCGCAUCAUUCCUACUCCAGAAACACAGCUGCAGAGAUCAUCCCUACGACACACUGAAGAGAUACUUGACUUGCUUCCUCUACGGUGUCCACACAGCGGAAGGUUAAGUGUAGCAGCUUGAAGGCAGAUCUAUAAACCAAUUUGUGGUGUACCAACCAACAAGCUUCAGCAUGUUUCAUCCGAGGUUUCCCGGUCCACCUUGUGGUCCCGUAGGCUUCCAUGAUCCUCGUGGUUGCCAUUCUCACCGGCCUCCUUUUCGACCUCCACCAUUCAUGGGUCGCGGUGGGUUUGCUGGCCACCGGCCGCAUGGACCGCAUAAUAGGCCACUGAUGCCACACCACCACCCCUUUGGCCCACCGCCCCAUAUGUGCCCACUGUUUGGUGGCCACACACGUGGUGGUAGAGGACGUCAUGGCAUGGGAUCGGCAGCUCUUAUCGCCGCUACAUACUUUCUCGGUCGUCACAUGUGGCACGCUGUUGAUCCUCACUUCCAGGAUGAUCUUGAAGAGUUUGUCCCACCAUAUGGCGCUGAACACUUUCCUCCUCGCCCAGUUUAUGCUGAACCACGUAACGCUGAAAAAAACCGUCAUGCUGAAAGUUCAGAUCAUCACAUGGAUGAAGAUGAAAAGUCACCGAGGCAGCCGAAUGAUGAAGCUGAAGAACAAGAGCAGUUGCAGACUUGUGAUAUGAAUAGUGAUGAUCUGUGGGUGGCAGUUGGUAGUGAGGUGUGGACUGUGGAGGUGGCGUUGGGACCGUUUGCUGCAAAUGAGGUGAAAGUGGACAGCGAUGGGCAGACGAGCGUGGAGGUGCAUGCCGCCCACUACCAUGGAGACUGCCUGGUAGCCUCCAUGAUGCACCGUCUGCCUCCACCACCAUGUGCUGCCCCUUUCACCAUCUCUCACGCCCACACUCCCCCCAUCGCACUCAUUACAGCCCGCAAGGCUCUCUGUCCCUACACCACUGACGCCGAGAAAGAUUUGGCGCAACCUAACGCUGAUCACACCAAUGAGAAAAAAAUGUAAAACGUUUUUCAGUAACUGCUCUGCUUAUACAUAAUUCUAGUACUGUUUUACAUUCUUUUAAUAAAAUAGUAUCAAACUGGCAAGUUAACUUGUAAGUGCUACAAAUAGCUAUAACAAUAAGUUAGUAGAUUUUACUUCUAAAUGCAUUACAUAACAUUGUGUAAACCAUGAUAAACAUUCUGCUCGAUAUCUAAAACGGAUAUGUCCUGUACCGAGAUGCAUGUGUUUAUAGUUGUGGUUAAUUUGAAUUAGAUUUUAAUGUUAUAUUUCUUGACUUAAUAAAGAGUACAUAUUC